AUGGAGAAGGAAUUUUUAAUUGGUAAUCUGGAUGUAAGAGUAUCUAGUCUUGAAAAUAAGAACUCUGUUAAAGAUGCGAAGAUUUCCGAACUUCAAGCAAAUCUUGAUGGUAUAACAACUUUAUUCUUUGACCUGAAACAACGCUUACAUGAGAAGUUUGGUGAUGAUUUUCAACCCUUGAGCGCUGAAGGCGAAAAGAUUUCUACUUCUACUUCUAAUCCAGUUAAUCCACCUUCUCAAUGUGUAAGUGAAAGAGUUGUUAGACCUACUCCGGAUGCGAAUCUUUACACUUUUUUAUCUUCUGGUCCUUCUUCUGCUCAAGAAAGAAGAGAGAAGCAAGCUCGAAUUGAGGAGCUGAAAGGGAAGAUGUUAGUAAUGAAGCAUUCAGAUCAGAAUGUUUCAGUUUUUAUCACCUUUGCCUCUGCACUCUUCCCACUCUUCCAUGGAUUGAAUAACCCUGGAAGCUGA